AUGGGAGCGAGCGGAUGAGCGCUCACAUAGCACUCGAAUAUCGAAAAUCGAAUCACGAUCCAAUACGAAUCUUCCAAUUAAAAAAAAUCGCCAUGGCUAAUUUAAAUAUUUGUAUAAAGAACGUAAAGUUUUUUUUUUUUAGAAAUUAAAUUUGUGGCUAUGGUUUACUUAAUUAAAUAUUUUAAAAUUUAAAACAUGAAUGCGUGGUCCGGCUCUGAUCGUCUUAAUGAAGGAGACGUCAUGGGCCCUUCUGUUGUGGGGACAGCAAGAGAGAGUGCAAAGGUGAACACGCCCCCUCUCAAAAAUGGCUCUGACCUCCGUGAAUCGGGGUACUUGAUAGCAGUUGGGUCCAGAACAGCCAGGUUCCGUAGAAGACAUGUGAACAGACUUAGAAAAUUAGCAAUAUUUUCACUCUUUCUAAUUUUAUUGAUAGCAAUUAUUAUCCUACUAGCUUUAUAUUUAAGAAAUAAAUAUAAUAAUAAUUCCCCAAGGCUGUGUACGAGCAAGGAGUGUCUGCGCUCGGCAGCCAACCUGGCCCUCUCUAUGGACUCCACGGUCAACCCCUGCGAUGAUUUCCACCAGUACGUAUGCGGUAACUGGGCCAGCGAACACCCGCGUCCAGACAUGUACACGUCGUACGACUGGUUUCGCGACAAGCAGACCAAGGUGUACGCGGUGAUUCGCGACAUGCUCACCAAGAACCACACCGCCGAUCCCAAGCCGGUGAAGCAAGCUAAGGACUUGUAUGCCUCUUGUAUGGACACUGACAAAUUAGAAAAAAUAGGCAAAAAACCGAUUUACGAUAUACUAAAAUCCCUCAACCUUCCUCUUUACCCGACUCACAUCAACGCCACUGAUGAUGUGGACCUCUCCGCGGUCACCUUCGACUGGCUGGACACGGUCAUCAAGGUCAAGACACAGCUGGGCAUGGACAUUCUUAUAGGAUUUGACAUUUUCACCGACCCCCGGAACUCCUCGGUGUAUAGACUGGUAAUGGGGUCACCCGAAACUACAAACCCGUUUCCGAGUUUAUACAAAGAAAAACCAAAACACAGUCGUCAAACCCGCCAAUUUAACCUUCCAUCGAAGGAUAAACUUCCAAGAACGAAAACUUGGGAAGAACCAUUAAUCCUUACUUUAGAUGACUAUAAAAUCAACAAAAAACAGAAAAAAAGCGAAGAUGAUGAAAUUGACCACAAAUAUAUAUAUUUCUAUGGCGAACUUAUAAAAAUCUUUGCGAUGGACUCUGGGAAACUAAAUGAGUCAGAAAUAGAUGAACUUACAUUAGAUCGUAACAUUAUAUCGUCUGCAACAGAUUUUUACAUGCUAAGUAAUGAUCUGUAUGAGCUAGAAACAGGCAAUUCUACAGAUACACCAGACAAGGAUGAUUUCAUAAUACCUGAGUACAGUGUUGAUGAAAUCCAGGCUCAUACAGAUAAGUAUGUAGAAAGUAACAACGGUACAACUCAACUUAUAUGGAAAAAGUAUCUAGAAGGAAUCUUUAAUGUUAGCGCUGUGACAUUAGACUUUCAAGAAGAUAAAAUUCUUGUAUCUCAAUUAGACAUGCAGUACAUGGAAGCGAUAGCACUGAUUGUUUCAAAGACACAUCCAGCCGUACUGGAAUUGUAUAUUUGGAUAAAGGUGGUAGAAGUCCUGGCACUGCACACCACCAAAGAACUUCGAUUGUUGUACUAUCGGUCGUACGAUACUCGUCACAAACAUCACGCUGAUUUAUUCCUGCCCCCCAGGAGUAUGCAGUGCGCCAGCACUGUCAAUGAUAUGAUGGGUAUGGCCGUCGCAUAUGCCAUCGUUGAGCCUGACUUCUACAAUACUACCAGACCUAAGAUACUAACCAUGAUAGACUUAAUAAAAGAUGCAUUGGCUACUUUAGUUGGCAAAGUUAAAUGGAUGGAUGAUAACACAAAAGUAGCUACUUACAGAAAAAUCAUAAGUAUGGACACUUUUGUUGGUUUCCCAACAUGGUUCAAACAACCAAGAAUUUUAGAGGAAUUCUAUGAAGGUAUAGAAAUAAGUAGAGAUACUUAUUUAGCAAAUCUGGUAAAUAUAGUCCAAGUGAAAGCGACGAAGUCACUUAACCACCUGCGCCAACCUAACUAUAAUUCAUGGGCUACGGAUCCUACUGAAGUUAAUGCAUAUCACACGUUUCAAGAAAACACUAUAACGGUGCCCAUGGUUAUGUUACAAUAUCCGUUUUUCGAUUUAGGCCUUGAAUCUUUAAAUUACGGAUCCUUGGGCACCAUUCUCGGUCACGAAAUAACGCACGGUUUUGAUAACUUUGGUCGCCAGUUUGACAAAAAUGGCAACCUAAUUCCGUGGUGGUCCAACGAUACCAUCCAGCAUUAUGUCAACAUGACGCAGUGCUUCGUAGACCAGUACUCCUCCUACUACGUCUCCGAAAUUGACACACAUAUAAAUGGCACAAAGACCCUGGGAGAGAACAUAGCAGACAAUGGUGGUCUGCGAGAAGCGUUCUUGGCUAUGAAGCUCCACCACAGAAGAUACGGCCCAGAGCCCAAGCUGCCAGGGUUUGAGCACGUGACUUCGGAUCAGAUGUUCUUUUUGUCUUAUGCUAAUCUCUGGUGCGGUGUUUCAACUAAGGACUCCCUGGAAGCAGAUAUGGACGACGAGCACUCUCCCCAGAACUUCCGCUCCCGUGGGACCCUUCAGAACAGCGAGGACUUUGCCAGGACCUUUAACUGCCGCCCCGGCUCGCCCAUGAAUCCCAUAAGAAAACGAUGCAUUAUCUUCUAAAAACCCUCACCUAAAAUGCGGUAAACUACGGAACUUGUCGCUGCCAGCAGAACGUGUUACGUGAUGUGGACUCUAAGUGUUAGAUCUACUCUACUUACAAUGAACAUGGUAUUUACCUUCUAAUAAAAAUCAGGAAGAUUUAUUAUCAUAAAUUUCUAUUAUCAGAAGUCAUUAUUGUAACUUCAACAAAAUAAUACUCUAAAGAUGCGUGGAGAGAGUUCCGUAAGUUGAAUUCAUAACAAUCAUAUUGUUUUUGUUGCAAAUAUUCGAGGAAAAUAAAUCGAAAAAUAAAAUUUUAUAUCCGAUCUCAAUUGGUGAUCUGGUAUAUACCACGAAGCGGCCUAAAAUAUGAACGAAUUCUAGGAAAUCAUUAAUUAGUAAGUAAAAUUUUAAUAAAGAUAAUUCUACAAUUGGAGACUGCUUUUUGAAGCAUUUUCAGUACAUGUAAAAAAAUUACUUAGCCUAAUUUGUCAAUUCUGAAAUCUUUUUACGUGUCCUUUAAAAUAUCAGUAUUGGAUUUCUCUGUGAUGUAGUUUACUAAGUGAUUAGUAGAUAAGGUUUAAGCUAUUACAUUGUCCAAAGGAAUUAACAAAUCGUACAAUUUUCAAAAUAUUAUUGUCCUUAAUAAAUCAUCUCAUAUUUGUGUAUAAAAUUAAGAACUUAUUAUUUUUAAGGCACGAUACGAUGAGGGGAACGGAAGUAGUAACAUAGAGGCUUGUGCUAAAAAGAAAAGACUAGAAUAGUAUAAGACGCGUAGGUUACGGAACUAUUGGGUGCCAUAUCAGUUGUAGACAUAGGUAGGAAGAUAAUUUUGGUAACAUUUAUUCAAUUAAACAUGGAGACACGACGGACAUUCUGUCAUCUUCGUGGAAUUAGUGGGUACUCCGAGGUACCCACUAAUUCCAUGCUCAUCUCAUACGGAAAAACUAUGUAUGCGUCAUUUUUUUGUGAUUGACAUUUCUAUAGGUAAGUAUUAUUACUUCAUUCAUGAAUUUACAAAAUAUAUCAGAUGCAUCUUUUUUCCGUAUGUUGGCAGUACCUAUUGUCCAAGCGGAAAUCCUACUAAUAUUGUAAAUGAAAAAGUUUGAGGAUGUAUGUUUGUUACUCUUUGACGCAAAAUUUACUGGACGGAUUAUGAAAUUUGGUACACGAGUAGAAUAUAACCUGGAAUAACACACGAACCAAAAUUCUCAUGGGAGCAAAGCCUCGGAACCCAGCUAGUAGUAUAUAAAUAAUAGCUUUCUUUUUAUUAAAAAAAUGCGUCAUUCCAGGAACCCAUUAGGUAAGUACUAUUGUAUUAUUUUUCCUUUUUUAUUGAUCUAAGUAGGAACAAAACCAAAAUUUUAUUAAAAUAUUAUCAAGAUUUGUUCAGAUACGUG